AUGGUGGUUGAGAUGGAGGAGACUGGAGAGGAAAUCAGCCAGGGUCCGAAGGGUGGGUGGCCUCCAGAUCGAGGCAGACAAGCAUUGAUCACUGACUUUCUGAAACCUCAGGUAAGGGAGAAGGAGGGCGAAUCCCUGCCUGAGCAUCCUAUGAAUGAACCAUUCUCGGCUGAGCAGGAUGUGGCUGAGGAGGGUCUCCCAAAGGUUCCUGCUGGAGAUGAAGGGAGACGCUCUUAUUCUUCCGUGGUGGGGAGAGCUCUGCCGGAUGUGGAUAGUUUGCCAGACCCCAUUCAUGCGGGCACUGAUACAAAGAUAAUAGUUCCUCAAGAUGCCUAUGAGGAACGCCUCCAAGGCUUCCGAUUUGCUUUGAUUGGCAGAGCAAAUUUCAAAUUCAUAUCUAUGGAUGACAUCCGCAAGGAGGCGAGAGAAACCUGGAACCUCAAAGGCGGUGUGAAGAUGGCUCCGAUGGGGAAGGGUUACAUCCUCUUCAAAUUUGAAAAGGAAGGUGACAUGGCAGCACUGUGGCGAAGGAGCCUUACGAGAGUCACUGGUCAUGUUCUCCGUUUCCAGCGAUGGAAGCCUGACUUUGAUGUGCAUGCGAAGAAUAUCAAUACUAAGCUCGUAUGGAUCAGAUUCCCCGAUUUGCCUCUUGAAUAUUGGCAUGAGAAGAUCCUACUCACUAUGGCUAAGGCUGCCGGGAGACCUGUUGCACUAGAUAGAUGUACUCGAGCGGCUUCCAUGGGAUCUUUUGCUCGGGUCCAAGUGGAGAUCGAAAUGGGAGCAAGCAGGCCUGAGGAGAUUCAAGUGGAGAGACGACAACCAGGAACGGGGGAAAUUUUCUGGUUCAAACAGAUUAUUUCCUAUGAAGAUGGCAUGCUUAGGUGCGGGUAUUGUAAGAGAAUGGGUCAUAAUGUGCAAUCUUGCCGCCAUCGGAAAGCACCAAAUAGAGAGGUGCAGCACCGUGAAGGACACAUAGAUGGUGAGACGUUUGGUGAAGAAGAAGGUGGAAGACAGGAUGAAGGCCCCUAG